UCCUUUUUCAUUCAGUUUUUUCACUACGUUGAGCUAGGGCAAAGUAUUACCUAAACAAUUUCUAUCAGUUUACUCAAGUACAAAGAUUUAUCAAGAACUAGUAUUUUCCGGUGAAUAUAAAUUUGAACAAGCGGAAGCGGAAGCGUCUGGAGAACGAUGACUAUUACUAACCUUUUUAUUGUACUAAAUCUCGGGUCCGAAAUGUUGUACGUAAUCGAUCAGCGACUGAAAGCUCAGGCAAUUCCUUUGGAUAAAUCGGCACAAGUUUUGAGAGAAAUCACCGAGGUGCUGCUGGAUCCAAAAUUUCUGCAUUACAUUUCAACGGCUUACCAACAUAACCUACUAACAGCGCAGCAAACCCGCAUUUUGCUGACCGACAUCGCCUGUUGUUCUUUGAUGCGCCUUGAUGUCAAUUCCAUGGACAAAUUGUGGGAUCUGAUGAUAAUGAUAUUCAAAUGGCAAAUGUACUUAACCAAUAAAAGUGCCCAAGCCCUAAUGGAUCUCACUUUUCGCCAUUUGGAUGGUAUUGGCCGACUCAUCCCGGAAAUGCGUAAACAAAUUUUAAUUGACAACGUGAAAAAAUCAUUGAUCGAACUUUGGGAACCACUUUGCGAAGAUGAUCAGAUAAUAAUCCACAGGAGAGUAUACAAGUGGCUAAAACCCUAUACAACUAAAAUUUCCGUACUGAUUCGAAUGGGAUUGCAGCGAUCGGAUGGAGAAUUUGAAACAGCUAUCAGCAAUAACAUGUUCUACAACUAUUACGUAAAUAACAUUGGAGAAAAUAUCUACGCCAAAACUGCUAAUUUACAAGUUUUAAAAAAUCAGUCAGAGCAAAAUGAAAAAUUUGGAAGUAUAGAACCAAAUCAAACAUCAGAUGCUGGUCAUGAAAUCGAUACACUGGUACAACAGUUGAAUGUGCAGCACAAUGUGGACGAAACUGCUGCUGCAGCAGCACACAGUUCGUGUUCCAUCCAUGGAGGCUUAAAUGAAAUAGUUAUCAACCAGGACUUAGAUACAGAAAACAAAACUGAAGAAAACGAUUCAGACAUUGCGAGAGAAACUAAUUUGGCAAAGUUCAUGAAAAAAAUCAAAAUGGAAAACGAAGAUUUUUCAAUAUCAAACUUUCAGUCAACAGAUACCAAUGAAGAAUUACUUAAAAUGUUUGAUCAAAAUUUGGAUCUAAAGGACGAUUAAAAGAACAAAAAUUUUGCUAGUAGGAACGAACGAUGCCAUAAGAAGGAUGAAGUAUCGCACGGAUAAUAUAUCUUUUUCCCAGAACGUCUUUACGCACAUAUCGUGUAAGAAGUUUUCACAAGAACAAUAGCUAAUACAAUAUCUAAUUAUACUACAUACUAUCGUUUGCAACAGAUCAGCCAUGUUUGAAAAAAGUUUCAAUUUAACUGAUUUGAAGUGAUUGGAAUGUAUAUAAAUGAAUACCUUAUGAAUUACCUUAGCA